AUGUCGCCGGCUUAUAUUGAAACAGAGCUCCCAUCGCUCUUGAACGAGCUGGAGCCACGGGCCCUGCUUAACUACAUGGGAUUGAUGGUGCUGAUUCAGGUGGCACCGUUCUUGUCCGAAAGGCUUACCGAUCUCCGAGAGCUCUUCGCUAAAAGCUUCAUAGGACGCACUGUUGCGAACGCGGCAGAUUCCUCUCUUCUUUGCAUCUACUCAGUGGAAAAGCUCCUGCCUGGCUGCUUCUCCAAGGCGGCAUCGGCGCUCCUUCGGCAGAGUGGCGAUGAUCUGGUCAUGCGUGAGUGGACGUCCAAGCUGGACUCGGCCUUUAGCAUUCAGGCGAAGUCUGUUGCCUGGAUAGACCAGCUCUCUGCUUUGCUACUCCGCUACCGCACCGUGCGGAGCCCCAUCAGUCGUUUCGGCCCCGGCGAUCAGCCAUGCAGUCCUAGUACUCAAGAGACAAGUGGCAUUGCCCUACUGUUCUACUUAGAAGUGUCUAAGCUGCAGCAUGAACGAAAAAUCCGCGAUAUCUUGAAGGGUAGCGCGCACCUUAAGAGACAGUCGUACCACUCUGACCUAAACACGCAAGCCCAGUACCAGCCCGCCUGGCAAACCGUCUACGUCCCGACGGCACUCUUAAACACGUCCGUUCCGGCCACGGGGACCGCAUCCGCGUUUCACCUGCCACGCUUUGCUCUGCGUUACUAUCUGGCGCUUGUGGAGAUGCUCUUCGAGAACUACUACCAGGGAGAAGUUCAAGUCAGUUUCUCCAACGACGCGCAUAGAAAGCUUACCUCUUUGUUGGCCUGCCUGAAGGACGACCUGGGAAAUCUUCCCGUCAAGUUGAACUCUUCUUGGCAGCCCAGAAUGGAAAGCUUACCCCGCGCGGUUCUCAACCGAAUCCUCGCUCUUAGGUUCGCCUACAAUGCCUUCCUCGACCAGCUUCACGUCCGGCGAGUCUGGGGCAUGGACUUUCGCUUCGAUGGGCUCCCAGAGUUGUCGGCUGCUCGGCUUUUUUUUGUCUACUAUGCUCUCGACAACUGCGAAUCGACGGGCGUGGCCUACAACGGUGGUCCGUCCACGGACCUUCCAGCCAGCUAUAGGGUCAACAUGCCUCUGCGUUACCUGGAGGAAUUUAUAUCAGCCUUCACAUGUAAAUUCUAUCCUACUUCGUCAUGUAAUGUGUUUAAAGCAGCGGAAAUAAUGGCCCAGAGCCAUGGUUAA